AUGCGUCGAGAAUCCUACGCAUCAAGAAAUCAGGGAUGUUCUUGUUGCUGUUGGUUUCAAAGUUGGGGUAGAAAAUAA